AUGACCUCAGUGGUGCUGGUCGAUAAUGGUGGGGCGGUGGUGGAGUAUGUCACAGCUGAAGAGGAGGACCCUCAACAGGAGGGAGAGGGGGAGGGGGACUUGGAGUUGGAAGGAGAGGGAGAAGGCGAGUGUGAAGAUGAGGAGGCCUAUGAAGAGGUGCAGGACAGAGAGGAGGCUGAGUACUUCCCAGCAGUCAUUGUGGAGGAGGUUCCCGGCGCCAGCAUGGCUGAGGAGCAGGGCUACUCCGCCCAGGGCUACUCCGCCCAGGUGUUGGUGUACGACGACGAGGUCUACCAGAUGCAAGAAGUGGGGGAUGAGCAGGAGGUGGAGACAGAAGUAGUGGCAGUGGAGGCUUCUGUCCAUGGAAACCAUGUGUACUGCUCUGACAAGACCAUCGAGGCUGCAGAGGCUCUGCUCCGCAUGGACUCACCUUCCAGCAUCAGAGGAGACCGUAGCCCAGACUCUUACGUCCGGCCUUGCAUCGUCACGCCAGACUUCCUUCACGCUGCCAUGCGUCCAGACAUGAUUACAGAGACAGAGGUGGAGAUAUCCACGGAGGAGUGCUGCGAGGACGAAGACGAGGAGAUGGUCACCCUGCUGGAAGAACCAGAGCCAGGACACGAGCCUGUCAGGAAGAGGAGGGCUGGGCGGAAGCCAAAGACACAUCAGUCAGCUAUAUCCAAUGGCUCCCUGGACCUCGGCAUCAAGAAGAAACCAAGAGAAGGGAAAGCAGGAAGCACCACCUACCUCUGGGAGUUCCUGCUGGACCUCCUCCAGGACAAGAACACCUGCCCCCGCUACAUCAAGUGGACCCAGAGGGAGAAGGGCAUCUUCAAACUGGUGGACUCCAAGGCCGUCUCCAAGCUGUGGGGCAAACACAAGAACAAGCCGGACAUGAACUACGAGACCAUGGGGCGGGCACUCAGAUAUUACUACCAGCGCGGCAUCCUGGCCAAGGUGGAGGGCCAGCGGCUGGUGUACCAGUUCAAAGACAUGCCCAAAAACAUUGUGAUCAUCGACGACGACAAGGCAGACCUGCCUUCCUCCGAGGACCUGAUGGACUCUGAGACCGUCUCCUACGAGCGCGUGCCACCCCCCUCAGACAUGCUGCUGCACGCCUCCGAGCUGACGUCCUCCAAGAAGCCCAACAUCCUGCGGGGCGCCAACAGGGCCAACGUGGUCCACGCCACUGUCACCACGGGCAACAAGGCCAUGACGGGAGGUGCUACAGCCAUGGUAACGGGCUUACAGAGGAUAGUGUCCAUGUCAGGAGCGUCGGACAGGAGUCAGACGCAGCACUCUCACACGGCCAUCAUCCCCACGGCAACCGGGCCCAGGACUGUGCGAGUGGCGAUGCAGAUGCCUGUAGUCAUGACGACAUCGAUGGGUCAGAAGAUCUCCACGGUUGCCGUGCAGCAGCAGACAGGAAUGACGGGGCCAGCCGGACACACCACCCUCCUCACCAACUCCUCCGCCCUCGCUGUCGGGAACACCAACUCACAGCAGAAGGUUGUGAUCCAGACCAUCCCCACCAUGGUCCCGGCCACAGCAGAGAACGGGGACAAGAUCACCGUCCAACUGGCCAAGAUCAUCACCAUCCCCGCCCACCAGCUAGCUCAGUGCCACCUCCAGACCUCCAGCGGCUCCCACAAGCCCGGCAUGGGGGGCCCCCCGGGGGGCCUCAGCCUCCUCGGGAGCCCCCUCACGGUGCGGGCCCUCGGGCCGGUCAGCAUGGGCCCGGGGACGCAGGUGAUGAGGCUCACCGUGCCGACGCAGGGGCAGCAACAGACUCUGAUGGUGUCGCAGGCGGGCAGCUGGGGGGGGGUGGUGACAUUAUCGACGUCCAAUCACACGAUGACGACGCAGCCUCGGAUCAUAAGCGGCAUCUUUAACGGGUCAGAGCUGGUGAUCGGAGCGCCGGGGAGCGGGGGCGUCACCAUGGAGAAGCUGAAGGCUGCUGGAGUCCACAUCCAAGCGCUCGCUGUCCAGCAGAACCACGCCAAGUCGGACGGCGUGGAGAUGGUCGUCCAACUGGACACCCCCGACGUGACGAUAAAGACUGAAGAGAUCGAGUGCUGAAACAUUUCAGAGUUACUUUGACGUUGUUUUUACUCUUGUAAUAACCAGCAGCCGUCUGAGAGACUUUAAAGACUCCUAAAGGCCAGUUUUUGUUUUUUUUAGAAACGCGUCUUCACCCCCCUCCCCCCAAACUUUACCGAUUGCAACCCCCAUGACACCUCUCCAAGUGUCUCUGCAUCAUAGGAACGCACACAGACGUUAAAAGGGACUUGUUGGAUAAAAGGUAAACGGGACCAACCUCGAUCACUACAACGUAUGCCUUUCCAAACGGAUCGCCGUCACUGACUGCAAUUGGGAACCUUGAAAAUAAGUAGAAACACUACAUAUGGAGGCAAAUAAUUACCGCUAACCAAAAUGUGAACUUUAAAAUCACAGUAAAACGCAGUGAGGGGUGUAAUAAAACCUUUGUGGAGACCAUGUGUUUAUACUUCUGCCUCUACUGAUGUUGAACAACCAGCAAACUUCCUUUUUCGUUUUGUUAAAUGCUUCUAUCACUGCAGAAGUGUGGGUGGUGCUACUAUUGCUAACAGCGAGACAGAAGGCAGAGCUGCGAUGAGCUCUAAGAAGGAACAAUAUCAGACAAAGUGGUCAUGUAUGUACAUAUUUAAAUAUAUAUCUACUAUAUUCAGUUUACGGAGCUAAAGUUAACAGAACCGCCGCCUUAGAUUUAAAUGUUUUCUUUUUCAUUUAACGUCUGAACAAUAAGCUGUUUUUUGUGUGUUUUGAUACCUUGUACCAAGCACAGUAUUAUUCAAACUAAGAAGAACUAGUAUUUGUAUUAAUAUUAGUUCUGUCACUAUCAGGCUGUUACACGCAUAACAUAUUGGUUGAAACGACAUGUUGUCCUCCAGCGUCUAGGGAAAUCUCUAGACUUGAAUUUCACAUUUAUUCGACAAAAGCAUCUCGGAUAUUUCUAAAAACAUGUUGACAAAUGUUUCAUCUUUUUACAAACCUUACUAUCUGGCUGCACGGAAAUGCGACUCAGUGCUGAUGCAUGAUGCCAUGCCUUUUAAAAAGAUCACCCAAAAAGUAUCAAAAUAAUGAUUAAAGACAGACAUUGGAAAUCAAAAUGAUAUGUAAAAUCUGUAUAUAGGAAACCACUGUGGAUCCCAGGUCACUUAAAACAGGGUCAAUUUGCCAGCACACUUUUUUUACUGCCCUUUUUGGCCCCGCCCCUAAAUUUCAUUUUUAUUUGUGUGUACAGAGAGAAAGCUGUUUGUUCAGACUGAACUGUUUGUAUAUUCAACAUUUGAAGUAUAUUCUAUUUUGUUGUACUCUUGUUUCAAAGUGUAUUAAAGUAGAUUUUACUGAAAUAUAAAAAGACAUUUGAAACCUAA